AUGUACCACAACGCAUUCCAACACUGGCAGCUGCCGCCUGUGGCAGAGCCUCAAGGGCUUGUCGCAUUGCCCCAAGCGCAAUGGGUUCAUUACGCGGCGCCGACAGACUGCAAGAUUCUGCUGCCCGGAGACAUUGACACCAAGCCCUACGGACCUACGACUGCUGCUGACAGCGGUCUGCUGGCAUAUCACCUUGCAAGUCACGCCCCGGCUCCGGAUCAGCAGGCGAGCUGGCUUCCUGUCAAAGUGCCCAAGAAGCCUAGGGCAAUGCAGGCCUGUGACCAGUGUCGAUACCGCAAGCAACGAUGCGACGAAGGUACGCCUUGUUCUUUCUGCAAAGAGCUGGAUCUAGAGUGCAGCUACCGUCCGCCGGUGCCGUCCAAAUUCGACAAAAUGGUUGACUUCAUGGCAUCUUGGAUGUCGACUCAAUCUGAGGGGUUGACUGCGUUAUCCAACAAGCUCGACCGGCUACAACGCGUCUUGGUCUCCUAUGAGUCGAACCCCAGUCUACCUCGCAGCGAGACCCAGGGAUCUACGUUUCAAGAUCAAGACGAUCAAUUUCAACAGCGCCGCCGUAGCUUCGGAUCUCCGACUGAGCUGAAGGCCACAGGCUAUGAAAGUGUCCUUCAAUGGCCGGCAGUAAGAGAUGUGCUUGCAAGGGCCAACGUUUUCCCGAACGAUGACUAUCUCCUGGAGGCGGAGGACCACACACAACCACUGCCGGGAUCGUCUUCCGCUUCUUCAUGGCCUCACAACUACACCCUCCAGGUGGACAAAAUUAAGUCCGAGUAUGGAGCCUUCUUGGACCAUGUCUAUGGACGACACCCCAUUAUCAAUCGAUGCUCGGUCGCCAAGACUCUGGAAGGGUUCACGACUGAGCGGAGGAGGACUCCUUCAGCAGGUUACCACCAGGAUGAGCGCCCAGCCAAACGAAGGCGGCUCGACACUCAGUCGCCUAUGCGCCCCGACACACCAGAAAUUCGGCAAUCUCCGAGCACCGCGGUCGCGCUGCUUGUUCUUGCACUGGGUGCUGCUGUGGAGAGCGAGGUGAAUCACAGCAAAGGGUUGCACCACCGCGCAUACAACCACGAUCAGAAGCAUUGGGCAAGUGAUGCCGUACCAGGCUUCAGUCACUACACCGAAGCUGUACAGAUCAUGGCUGGCCACAUGGAUGGCACUAGUCUCGCGCAUGCCCAGAUGUUCCUGCUCGCAGGCCUAUACAAAGCCAGACUGGUUCGUACAAGGGAAGCAAGUAGCUGGUACUCAAUGGCAGGCCGUGUGUUGCUUCACCUUGUUCAGCGACGGCAACUACACAAGGAACAGAGGCAUAACUCUUCGUCAACACCACAAGGAGACCGCUCGACCCAGGUGCAGCACAACUCGCAAGAUGAUCUUGUGCUUCGAUGCGCCUGGUCAUGCUUGUCUCUGGAGGGACAAAUCCUGCCCGACUUGCGUCUGCCGAAGAGUGGCUUGGAGCAGAUCGAAUAUCGACUUCCUCUACCAAGCUCGGUUGCCGGGAUCGCCGCGAACAACGGCGAGACCGCGCUCGCACGGGGAAGCCAACAAGAACGUCGCGUCCAUGCUGCUCAUCUACGUCUUCGACGUCUAUCACAUGAACUCAACAGGAGCCUGCUAUCGCACUCAUCGGGAGAUACACCACCGGACCUAGCAAGCUUCUCCUCCAAGCAGUCCGCCACGCUUGAGCGGUGGAGAAGCACAUUGCCAUCAUCGCUACAGUGGCACGAUACAGACACCACGCCUCACGGAGCUGCCAUUGCGAGCCUUGGACAUGCAUACUGGCGUGCCAAGCUGAGUCUCACAAGACCAUUCCUGGACUACGUCCUGCACAGGCACCACACGUCGGAGGCCCAUGACGAAUAUACAGCAUCUAUGGCACGCGACCACGCAGCAGAAAUACCACAAAUGAGGUCGACGAUCGCAGCCCUGCGAGACACAGCAGGGUACGAAGACGUACUCGAACUUGCACACUCCUGCAUCGAAGCAACGAAGCAGAGCGUCACAUUCCGCGACUUCAUCACAGAGUCAUGGGUCGUGGACAAUGUACAGACUUUGAGUCAUCAGCGCGUGGAAGAUGUCCUAUUGCUGGCAGCAGCACAUCAACACGAUGAGCUCCGGGGCUUCGUACCUUUACCAGAGCUGCAACAGCUCACUUCCAGCGCUGUCGGCUUGCUUCAACAGCAUUCGGGGGAGUCACCAGCUUGUGCAGCAGACUAUAACAUUUUACUUGGGUUUCAGCAAGCCAACUUCGGCUUGGAGUAG